AUGAAACCUGCGCGCAACCCUACACAUUUACACUGUUUCUCUCUUGCUGCACAUCACCGUUCACAAACCAAGCUCGUUGCCAUUGAAAUAAUGGCUCAAUACCAGGAGAACGCGGCUGCAGCAGCGGCGCAACCAGAGAUGGAAGAGAGAGACGUGGUGGGCGAGAAUGGCGCAGCGGCGCAUGAUGAAGACGGUGAUAGCGUCAACUGGGCCCAGCUUACGGGCGGCGAGUGGAAGAAGGUACUGUUUUCUUGUUUAUUUCCAAGUGAUCUCGCUAAUUGUGUAUGCCUGGCGGUUCUCGACCUCAUGGACGGUCGUCAAUCGAACACCGACGCGGUGGUCGCCGCCCUCGAACCUCGUCGCCCAGCAUAUAUCACGUCGGAGAAAUGGGCCCGGCUGCUCACCAUCACCAACGACUUGCGGGAGAGGCAAGUCAUGUGGGAGACCGAGGAGGAGGCAUUGGCGGACCUCGAGGUCAUCUUUGCAAUGGCCGAGGGCCUCAUGCUAAGAAAGGGGUAUGACAGGGAAGGAAGAUGGACGGGAAGUGGACCUGAGCCAUCCACUUUCCCACUUCCAGCCUUCCAUGUCCCGGUGGUCUUGGACCGGAACCAGCUCCCCUACUACGCUGGGUUCCCGCGGGAUUCGUACAAGCGGGCCCAGAAGGGACUGGUGGAACGGUACCUGGACCGAAAUAAGCACCAGAAAGCUUCGCCCAAGCGGUUGGCGCAGGCGGUGGAGAGCGGCCUCUUCUAUCUAGAGAUGGUUGAUAUCCUGUGUGGCAGAGAGGAGCGGAACGCGUUGGGCUCGGCAAGAGCCUAA